ACGGCCACAACUUGAAGGGAGGUGUCCGUGACACUGACGUUUCAACACGGUGCUGCCUCCAUAGUUGGACUCCAGACCCAAGCAAGCGGGGAAGUUAGCUUAAAAUAAAUUGUUUAGGUACGAAUCUGAUUUUAUACAAGUCAUGGCCCUUACUCAAGUAUCAUCCAAUAAAUGUUCUGGCGGCUACCAGAAGGUGUUUGAGCAUGACAGCACUGAGCUGAAGUGUAAAAUGAAGUUUGCCGUCUACCUGCCACCAAAGGCAGAGAGUGGCAAGUGUCCAGUCAUGUAUUGGCUAUCCGGGUUGACAUGUACCGAACAGAACUUUAUCACCAAGGCUGGCAGCCAGCAGGCAGCAUCAGAACAUGGCAUCAUCCUCGUUGCCCCCGACACCAGCCCCCGCGGCUGUAACAUCGAAGGUGAAGAUGAGAGCUGGGACUUUGGGUCAGGAGCUGGCUUCUACGUCAACGCCACCCAGGAACCCUGGAAGACCAACUACCGCAUGUACUCUUACAUCACAGAGGAGCUCCCCAAGCUAAUCAACGCUAACUUCCCCGCUGACCCAGAGAGGAUAUCCGUGUCUGGACACUCCAUGGGGGGCCACGGGGCGCUGAUCUGUGCCCUGAAGAACCCUGGGAAAUACAAGGCGGUGUCUGCGUUCGCCCCCAUCUGCAACCCUAUCCAGUGUGCCUGGGGACAGAAGGCUUUCUCAGGCUACCUCGGAGCUGAAAAGGCCAGCUGGGAGGAGUACGAUGCCACCGUGCUAGCGGCCUCCUACUCGGGGCCCCAGCUGGACAUCCUGAUCGACCAGGGCCGUGACGACCAGUUCCUGUCGGCCAGCCAGCUCCUACCCGACAACCUCAUCGCAGCCUGCUCAGAGAAGAAGAUCCCCGUCGUAUUCAGACUGCAGCCGGGUUACGAUCACAGCUACUUCUUCAUCUACUCAUUCAUCAACGACCACAUCAAGCACCACGCCAAGUAUCUGAACGCUUGAGACAGCGACCGCGGGACCAUAUCUGUGCUUUUUACUGUGAGUCCACCUGGUGAAGGUACAGUCAUGUUCUGUUCAAGUGGGCUUGACAAAAUAAAAUACAUUAUUUCUUGUCAGUGGGUUUGGAA